AUGAGUACUCCUAUAUCUACUCAAAAAAUUCCAAAAACCCUUGCAAGAGAUUCCAGCGACUCCAAGCCUAAAAAAUCCUUCCAAUGACUAUUAGAAAAAGACCCAAGUGAGAUCAUUGAAGUAAACCUCCCAGACAUUCAAAUCAGCAGCCCAGAAAUUUUGGUAGAAAACACCAGAUCUCAGCACAACAUAGAUUUAAACCACGAGCUUGACCAAAUUUAUUCUAGGACUACUAGAAGUGCUAAAAAGAAACAGAUUUCUGAAGAAAUCACCAGAUGUCCAUCAGUAUCUGAGUUUCCUCCAUGGUAUAGCUUGUGCAAAGAAAUUCAUAUAAUUUCAUCAAUGAAUUUAGAGUGGCUACAAUACCCUAGCACUGAAGAAGAAAGCCUGGGUAUAUUUAAUGCGAGCCAAGGGUUAACAAACGAUAAACACGACAUAUAUCAAGCCAUGCUAUACUGAACCUGCUCCAAUUUAGACGAAAAUGAUUGGUUGAUUUCUUUGAAAAGCGUAUUUUACACAUUUGCAUUUAAUAAAAUUGACUGAUUUUAUGUAAUUUUCAGAAAGAUUUUGGUACUAUUCAAAAAAGAUAAUCAAAAGCCUACAGUUUUAAUAUUUAAUCCCACAUUACAGCUGAUUUCAAAUUUAAAGAAAUAUUCAAUUGAAAAUGAGGAAAAUGUUGAAAUCGAUAACUUGCAAGGCUACAGAAAAAAUAAAAAAUUAUCUCCUGUAACUUUGAAAGGAAAAUCAGUUUUUCGAUUUUAUAAUUAUCUUAUAAAUAAUCAUAGUGAUGCCAAGAUAAUUUCACCUCAUUUUUUUCUCAAUGGGACUUUGAAAUACCUAAAUUUAUUAUACUGUGGAGAAGUGAAAUCAUUAGGAAUCCCUGAGCUUUCUGAAGGCUCUCAGUUCAAAAUUCAGAAAAAAUACAAGUUGUCAAUCGAAGGACCAAUCAGCCCGCAAGCAGUAAAAAUCCUUUGUAUGGUAUUACAGAAUAGAAACACUCCGUUUACAAUAAAUUUGGUCCCAGAUCUUUUUUCUUCCCAAGCGUUUUGUCCUCAUACGAUUUCCUGACUAAAUGGGAGCUAUUCUAUAUCAUCUACUUCACUAUGUUAA